AUGGCCGGUCCUGUGGCAGCCCCUGGUGGGACCAGCUACAGUGUCAGUAGCUCUGGAUAUGGUGGUUACGGCGGAAAUGGUGGUUAUAGCGACGGACAUAACAUCGGUUAUGGAGUAUAUGGCCGAUUUGGUGGAUAUGGAGGAACAUAUGGGCGAUAUGGUGGUUUUGGCGGAUAUGGCAGCGGUUUUGAUGGAUAUGGAGGACCAUAUGGACGAUAUAGGGGUUUGGGUGGAUAUGGCAGCGGGUUUGGUGGAUAUGGAAGGCCAUAUGGACGAUAUGGUGGUUUGGGUGGAUAUGGUUAUACAGGAGGAUACAGACAUGGAUACGGCCACUAA